AUGUUUACUAGCAAACUUCCUGUUAGCCGUGCCGUAUUACCCGAGUAUCCUAAAAAGUUUAAGGAAAAAGUCAUUUCGUGCUGCAAAGACAUUAGGGAUAUAAUGUUCCGUUGUCAGCUAUUUGUCAAUGCUUAUCUCGUCCAUAAUAAGAAGAAUGACUUCCCUUCAAGAGUCUUUACACAGCAAUUCUGGUACUCGAUUGGACAACUGGCUACAGGCAAAAAGGUCACUCAUAAGACAGCAGUAAACGACAGCAUCAAGACUUUUUUUGAAGAUUUCCAGCAAGAAUAUUCGGCAGUAGUGAUCAGCAAUAAGUUCACUAAAGGCUAUAGUCAGUGUCUUACAGAAGCUGCCCAGGAGACAAGUGUUGCAUACAAUAAAUCUAUUGUUGAACUCUUUGAGCAACGGAUGCUGAAAUACUUGACCUACAAGCUUCAAAAUUUGUUCGUUAAAGCUGAUGCUGAAGAGGUAGCAGAAUCAUACUGUUAUCAAAAAAUUUGCAAAAGCGAGCUCGAGUGGCCUGAAAAAAUCGAAUUAAGCAGCCUGGACAAAAGCAAGAUUGAGACGCUCUGCAACAGCUUUGACAAGCUUGUGACGGAGAAAGUUACACUUCUGUCACUAGCAACAGACCCUGCGAACUUCGCCAAGCCCUUGUGGUAUAUACUAUCUGUUUAUGAGCAGGAACAUGCCGAACAUGCACCGUAUGAUCUUCAUAGGCUUCCUUUACCGCGACGCUUCUUCCCUUUCCCAACUCCUUCAACCAGAUAG